UGUGUCAGUUUGCAGUGGAUGAUGUCAUAGCUAUAAGAGUUUCUGAUCCAAUACCGUGUGACCAGAAGUAUUCACACAGCCAUUCAUACGUAACAUUAUAUAUAUGGUUUGUUUUAAUGUGCGUCAUGUCAUGGUCUGUGCCUAGUACCCUAGGCCUGUUCACCUGGAAACAGUAUGAAUUAUUAAUGGCACUAUAUACGGCAUGUCAGUCAAAUCAUCCUUGUAAAGCCCAGAAAUACGCCUGCUAUUCUGGUGACUAGCAGCCAUGCCAGCUAACAUAACCCCCACCAUCGCCAACGUGACGGGAAACACGACUAUGAACGGAACGAUCAUCAUCGCUCCAUCCAGGAUGCCGCGGGAGGCGGACAGCAACUCCGUCAACUUCUACAUCGGGCUGACGCUCGCCAUCCUGUCCACCAUCUUCAUCGGCGCGAGCUUCGUCAUCAAGAAGAAAGCGCUGAUCAAGCUGUCGCAGUAUGGCACCAGAGCAGGUGAGGGAGGGUAUGGUUACCUGAAGGAGUGGCUGUGGUGGGCGGGGUUUUUCUCCCUGGGGUUCGGAGAAACGUUCAACUUCGCUGCGUACGCCUUCGCACCAGCCACCCUGGUCACGCCACUGGGAGCACUCAGUGUCCUCGUCAGUGCUGUGAUGUCGUCCUACUUCCUGAGAGAGAGGUUGAACCUUCACGGGAAGAUCGGCUGCAUGCUGAGUAUCCUGGGCUCCACUGUUAUGGUCAUCCACGCACCUGCUGAGGCCGAGGUCACCAAUCUGGACACACUGUCACGCAUGCUCAUAGAACCUGCUUUCAUCACAUACGGUGUCAUCGUGGUCAUCAUCUCCCUCGUCCUCAUCUUCUACUACGGGCCGAAGUACGGCAAGACCAACAUCCUCAUCUACAUCGCCAUCUGCUCCAUGAUCGGCUCCCUGUCCGUCAUGGCGUGCAAGGGCCUGGGACUGUCGCUCAAGCAGACGUUCGGAGGGGACAACCAGCUGACCAACCUGCUGACGUGGUUCCUGCUGGCCUCGCUGGUGGCCUGCGUCACGGUGCAGAUGAACUACCUGAACCGUGCGCUGGACAUCUUCAACACCUCCAUCGUCACGCCGAUCUACUAUGUCUUCUUCACCACCUUCGUCAUCAGCGCCUCAGCUAUCCUGUACAAGGAGUGGGAGCUGAUGACAGCCAAGGACAUUAUCGGGACCCUGAGCGGGUUCCUCACUAUUGUCUUCGGGAUCUUCCUGCUGCACGCGUUCAAGGACGUGAACUUUUCCCUGUCCAACCUCCCGACGUUCAUGAGGAGAGACGAGCCGAAAGAGACGCACCUACAGAACGGGAGCACCACGUCAUUACUGCAGGACCCUCAGUCAGAAGAGGAGGUGGUCAGAUGAUCACCGGACGGUGGCUGUUUAAUGUACUUAGGAGGCCAGUCCAGGUUUAUUCCAUGGUUUUUGCACUGAAGGAGGAAAGAAA